AUCUUAUACCACAUAUAAGGUCAUUAGAGUAACCCCGGGACACCGAAUCGAGCCGGGGCCGACCUCAAACAUGUAAUUGUCGAGUUUGCCAGGACACGCCAUAUCAGGCCAGACAGUAGCUUGAUUACACCUAUGCAUGUACUUGUGUUGACGGCAAUCGAUAACGCCUAAGUACAACGCCUAUGCAGGAUGUUGGCUUCGGUCAAUUUCGCGACUUGAGCCUCGACGAGCACGUUUUAGCCUGCCGUCAAGCGCUAUUGCUUCAAUAGAAUGCAAGUCACAUAUACAUGAAGUGGCGGAGUUUGUGUCCCGCUCUGCAUUUUGCUCGGGGCGACGUCCCCUGGCCUCCUUUGCGUGCGGGUUUGGCUGGGGAAACCCCCGGACGGCGGUGAAUCCCCCCUGGGCACACGUCCUUCAAGCAUCAAGCAUCAGUAAGCGACGAUGCGAUGCUAGACGUGGCGGCUUCCAUGGAGGACAAUCCAUGAUUCUUUUACCACCCGAAGAGUAGGGUUGCUUUACCCUAGCACGUUGGCAGGCUGAGCGUGUUCAUCGAGGCUGGCAACCUACAUGAGUUACUGCAGCAGCACGUUGCGACCUUCCAAGUGCUGGAUGCACGGAUGCUCAACAAGGCCCUGGAGUUCACCUGGAACGGCGUCAGGUGGAUGGCCCGCAUCUUCACCCUCGGGGCAUCGGACAGAAUCAACGGCGGCCUGAAGGAGGCAACGCACACACUGCUGGAGGUCACGCUGUGCACCGGCGAUUGCAUCACCUAUGAGUUCAGUGGCUCCAAAGGCCCGGAGUGCAGGCCUGGACAGUACACCAAGAACAGGAAGACGUACGCCCGGCUGCCCCAGCCGAUGGGGUUCAGGACGUCUGGCGUCAAGGCGGCUUGGCUGCACGAGGUCUACCAGCAGGUCGCCCAGAAGUUUGCGGCCGAGGACUACAGCCUGGUCAACAAGAACUGCUCCCACUUCGCCGGCGAGCUCUUCAUCGCCCUGACGGAGAAGAUGGAAGAAUUUGAGAAGAGGGCCGCACGGGCUGCGGAGGCGGAAGCCAAGCGCAAGGCAGAGGCGGCGGAAGCCAAGCGCAAGGCAGAGGCGGAGGAAGCCAGCAGGAAGGCUGCGGCGGAGGAGGCCAAGCGCGAGGCAGAAGCGGCGGAGGCUGCCAGCAGGCGGCAGGGACUUUUCGUGGCUGGUGGCUUGGGUGCGGCAAGUGUGGCGGCCACUACAGUCGCUGCCGGCGUCGGCGGCUACGGCGUGGGGUGCGCGGUUGUCAAGGCGACCGGCAUCACGGACGAGGGUACCGCCCAGGUGGCCGGUGGGGUUGCUGGUGGCGCUGUUGGCGCCGCGGUGGGCACGAUGGCGCCGGCGGCGGUCACGGUGGGCUGCACGGUGGCGGCGGCGGCUGCCCAGGCUGCAGGUAUGGCCGGCCUGCACAGCGCGCUGCUCGCAGGCAGUGCGGCCCUGCCUGUCCUGGCGCCCGCCCUGCUGGUCGCGGGCGUUGCGGCAGGCCUCAUCAGCGGCGCUUGCGGCGGAGCCAAGGGCGCGUGGGCGAGCGUGCACAACCGCUGGUGGUAGACUUGUUUGGUAACGCCCGUGCGUUCCUUGGCAAAGCGGCGGCCACCUAGAUAACCCUCGGCGCCUACCCUUGUUGAUAAUGCGGCGCUGUGACCUUGGCUGUGACGGUGACUACGGUGGUGGUUAUGCGCUUCUUGCUUACCGUACGUACCUGCAUCGGGUGAGUUGAUGAUUGGCCCGGUGCGUGGAGGUGGAGGUAUACACGUGGUUCCGGUCAUGUCCGGACCAUGCGCGCUUUACACUAUCGAACUUGCUUCGUUUACCUCGGGCUACGCAUGCAGCGCUACAUGGACGGAAUGAUGCCGUGCCAUAGCUGUUUCCCGUACCGUCUACGUUUCGUGAUUGGGGUUAAUUACACUGCUGCUGUAGGCUAAGUCCGUUCAUGCAGGGGUUUUCUAAAGUGGAAUUUAAUGUGGGGGUGGGGGUGCCCUGGAUACCGUAGAAGUCUAAGAGCCUGAGCGAGGUGGCCAUUUAUUUGUUGCUCCAUGGGUCAGAGACAGGCACGCCCCUACACCGUAUAACGAGCUGCCGCGAGGGAGUGGCAACGACCUGGCAUUGUGGCAGAGCAGGGGGGUGCUGCGAGGCAGGCAACUGGAAAGUAAGCUGACGGGUGUUUCAUAAGAGUUGGGCCACAUGUUGGUGUUUGUAGCUAGCACAGCAGAGCGUGCAGGUGCUCCUUGUCGGCGACCUAUAGCUUCCAGGGAGCGCAUGGGCGCAUAGCGGUUGAGUGAGAGUAUGAUAGGGGCCUUAAAGAGGUUCAAGAGGUCAGGAGGUAGGCCUCACUGUGGCAUGUUGGGAACGUGUAUGGGGGGGGGUUUGGUUUGAGUUCGGGGAUUCUGAAGUUACUGAGUUUACAGAGGCGGGGUGGGACUGGGUGGGCAUGAUUGUGCAGGUGGCUAACGUUGCGCAAGGGUGCCGCAGCUACUUUUUUGACCCUUGAUGCAAAUUUGUAGCUGCUUCGCGUGUGCCGACGCAUAGCGCUGUCCGGACGCUUAUUGCAUCGCGUGUCCGCCCGAGCGCGCUGUGGGCACUUCAGUCCGCACGCGGGGCUACGCACGCAUUGAGGCACCGCGGUCACGACUAGGGUGUAUGCCGGCGGUUGAACCUGAGAGCGCAUUUUAAAACGAGUACAUGAGGCAAUCACACGUAAGCCUCGGGCACCUGGCUAGACGGCGGAAAGGAAGGGAGAGACAUAAGGAAAGGCCGUAACACGAUGGUGUGCGUGACGGAAGGGGCAGGAACGUGGACUGCCACCAAGUGCUCGGCGAGAUGUGGGCACGAUACAAUAUGGUCGUACGGAGACCACUGAGAUGGUAUUGGCCGGUCUGAGCAGUGUUUGUAGACGCGGCGAGGAGGAGACGUAGGCAUCGGUAGAACUAGGCCCUGGACCCUGACAGUACGCGGCCAGAGGGCACAGGGCUACGCGAGUGUGAUUUGCACAUACAUCUGUACAUAAGAAUGUGGCAUAACGAGGGAUGGGCUGCAGUCUGUCGACGACAGUCCGGGCAUGGAUUUGCGGAAGCUAGCUGCAUAUAGGGGACUUGAUUGCUCGAGUCCUACGGCGACGUGUGAAUACGAUAAUUGGUUAGGUUGAAGCGGUAGGAGCGUUUCCCCAAUGGGCGCUCGUUGACGCGGACCAUUAUAUGCGGUUCGGCCCUUCGGCUACCCUGGCCGCGGCGACGGUCUUUAGGCCGCCGCCCAUGCCCGUAGUCCGGGGGCCUAGCGCGCUUGCUUUUGUCUGAUAUGUUAGGCGGCACUAGCGUUUGCGUGCCUAGAGUUUGAGGAGACGGCUAGAGACCGGGCGGCUUGAAGGAUGGAGACUGGGCAUUGUUGCCCACACUCUUCCCUAGUUCGACCCGUGACCUUGGUGGACCUGGGGCGUUCUUUGAGCUACGGUGCGCAUUUCUAAAUAGCG